GCCACUCUCUCAACUCAAAACACAGCCAACUUCUUAUAGGUAUUUUUCACCAUGUGACGGAUCGACCACACGGCAAAAGAUUAUAAUUUCAUUGCUUUUAUACCUCAAAAAUUACUUCGAGUACAGUUUUGAAAUGGUUUAUGUCUUUUUUUGAUAAAGGUUAAUGCGGGCUUUUGUAAAUUAUCACUUUUUUGACGUGUCUGUUAGACACGGUUGCGCUCGCCACCACCAUGAGCGAACGGCGUAAAUCCGGGACGCCGGCAACGAUACGGAACUUCGACACAGAGAAUCUCCCCCGCGACCAAAAUGUUCUAGAUAUAGACCCGAAUGCAAGUCCAGAGGCUGGGAUUGUGUAUGAAAUAAUUGAUGACGUCAUUCUUAGCCUCUGCUUUGAUGUGCAUCGAUCUAUCAAGCUCGGGACCUUUAAUAUUGAAGAUGUAGAUGAUGAAGUGAUCAAGCAAUAUGAAGUUGUAGAUUCAGAGGGGCUUGAUGUAUUUGGCCAGGUUCCACUCAAGAAGCCUGUAGAUUGCAUCUGCCCUAAUUGCCAGCGUAACAUGGCGGCCUCCAGGUUUGCUCCACACCUUGAAAAGUGUAUGGGAAUGGGCCGAAAUAGCAGUAGGAUCGCCAGCAGGAGGUUAGCAACUGGCAAAAUGAUGGAUGAAGAUGAAGAAGAUGUGUACUUUGAUGAUGACUGGACCUGGAAUACUGACCGUAAACCAGGAAAGAAAAACAAGCGAGAAAGGCCUGGAAACUCACCAAGGCGUGCAAAGGCACCAAGAAGAAAUGGAGAGACAGGAACCCCGCGCCCUGGAACUCCAAGCUCAGUAAACAGUGGGGAGAUGCCAGCGGCAAGAAUUGGCCCCACGCAAGCGGCAUUUGAAUCACUAGGAAUAGCGGAGAAAAAGGCUUUGAUGUCACAGACGUGUGGCGUUAUAUCAGAGCACACAGGCCGCAUGUGUACGCGGUCUCAGCGUUGUCCACAGCACACCGAUGAACAACGUCGAUUAGUCCGACUGCGCAUGCUCGGUCCGCAAGAAACCGAGAGCGCCUUAUCUAGGGUUCGUCCAGACGGCUCUUCUUUUGAACCAGAAGAUGUAAUAGAUGUAGAUGGUUAUGAAGAUGGCGACGGUCCUUCCCUAAGAGACACACUUAGCAGAUUGUCUUGGGAAGAGGAAUCAAAUGCAUCCACUGGGGAUGAUCACUCUCCUGCAGCCUUUGGUAUUUCCGCAAUCGUAAAGAAAAAAAGAAAGAAAAAAGCGAAACACAAGAGGCGCCCGCGGUAACAUAGGGCGUUGAUUGACAAUUAAAUUAGGCGCGCACUUCACACAAUAUUUCCCGAGAUGCUUGCGGGACGUUCGCUGUUGCAAAUAAUCAUGCACGCUGGAAAGCGAGCACGUGACACAUGUUCCGUUGAACCACGAUGUCGAUAUAUUGCAAAUAAAAUCACUUAUAUUUGAA